AUGUCCGGUUUAUUCUCACUGCAAGGCGAGACUGCCCUCGUCACAGGCGGCACCCGUGGAAUCGGCGCAGCAGUCGCAAUUGCGCUCGCCGAGGCCGGGGCUGAUAUUCUGCUUGUCCAGAGAAAUACGACCGCAACAGAGACACAAAAGGCAAUUGAGGCGCUAGGUCGCAAAGCCACCAUCUACACGGCAGAUCUGAGCUCGGCGGAGGAUGUGCAGAAGCUUGUGCCCAAGGUUCUGGCCGACGGCCACCAGAUCCGGAUCCUGAUCAACUGCGCCGGUAUUCAGAUCCGACACGCGUGCGAGGUAUUCCCAGACGACGACUUCAACAAGGUUAUUCAAGUGAACCUCAACUCAGUCUUCACGUUGUGCCGCGACGUGGGUGCGCACAUGCUCUCACUAGAGCCGUCGGCAGCGACGGGGCGGCGGGGCAGCAUCAUCAACUUCGCGUCGCUGCUGACGUUCCAGGGCGGGCUGAACGUGCCGGCGUACGCGGCGUCCAAGGGCGCCGUGGGCCAGCUGGCCAAGAGCAUGGCCAACCAGUGGUCCGACAAGGGCAUCACGGUCAACUGCAUCGCGCCCGGGUACAUCGAGACCGAGAUGAACACGGCGCUGCUCAACGACCCCAAGCGCCUCGCCAGCAUCAGCGAGCGCAUCCCCGCCGGCCGCUGGGGCGCCCCCGACGACUUCAAGGGCAGCGUCGUCUUCCUCGCCAGCAGGGCCAGCGCCUACGUCACCGGGCACACGUUGGUGGUCGACGGCGGCUGGAUGGGCCGGUAG